AUGGGAAAGCUUAUCAAGAACCACUGGGCUCGGCUCAUCAUGUUGACGGCCGCCACCUACCAAAUCGGCGCCGCCAUCGAGGGCUACUUCUGGCCCAAGAUCUUCUGGGACUUCCUGACACACUCGCUCGACGCCGCCGUCAGGCCCGCCCCCAUCCUGCAGACCAUCAACCUGGUCUUUGGCAUCGCCAUGCUCGCCCUGGAGUGGCCCCUCCCCCUCCUCGCGGGGACCAGCAUCCACCGAUCCAUCGAAUUCCGCCUCGCCAUGCUCCCCCUCACUGCCCUCGCCUGUCUGCUCAUGUAUCAGUCAACAAACCCCGGCAUCUACUAUCUGAUCGGAAUGGGUGCUUAUUUCUGGGCUUACAGUGAAGGCGAAAUUAUUUGUGCGAAACCCUGGACUCUACCUCCAAGAGCAGGCAGCUCAGGCAAAGUCUGA